AUGACAGCGGGUUCGCGCUUCGACAAGCCGCCCAACAAGCCAAUGACUGUUAUAGAAGAUGCCCCUGAGCUGUCUGGCACAGACGAGCUCUUCCUGGAGGAGGAGAGUGACAUGACCCUGUCUUGUGACUCUCGCGCAAACCCCCCUGUAACCAUGGUGUGGCACCGUGAUGGCCAGGCACUUGACCUGUCAGUGGGGCGCUACGUUGCCACAGAUGACGGUGUCACGGCUCGCCUCAGCGCGACAACGCUUAAACGGGAGCUCCACGAGGGCCUCUACAGCUGCACGGCCUCCUCACCUGUGGAGGGCACCACCACCACCAAGUCCUUUCAGGUCACAGUCACAGAUAAGGUGAUGAAAUUUCCCAGGGAUGCCAUGAUUGCUGGGAUCGUGGUAGUUGUGUGCACUGCCAUGCUAGCCCUGCUGUCUAGAUGGGAUAGAAUUUUCAAG